AUGACGACCGACUCCCCCGCUCCGGCCGCCGCGGCCCCGGCUGCUGUGGCAGAGAAACAGCUGGCUGCUGAGAUAGCCUCGCUCGAAAUAGCGGAGGACCCUUCCUCUGACCAGCAGGAGCAGAAGCAGGAGCAGAAGCAGGAGCAGAAGCAGGAGCAGAAGCAGGAGCAGAACAAGGAGGAGCAAAUGCAGGUUCCCCCGCACCGCUCCCAUGAUCCCAAAAAUAACCAGAAGCGUAGCGACCCAUUCCAGUUCGGGUCGCGCUACCUAACUGAAGAGGACGACGUGUUCGAGUUCAACGCGUGGGAUCACGUCGAGACGGACGAUGCGUACAAGGCAUACGCUGAACAGCAGUACGCUAUGCAGCGGGCGGCGCCCGUGUCAGAGUUUGAUAAGCACCGUUUCAAUUCGGAUCCAGCCAAGUGGUGGAACCGGUUCUACCAGAACAACACAUCCCACUUCUUUAAGGAUCGCAAGUGGUUGCAGCAGGAGUUCCCGGUUUUGGAGCAGGUGACGCGGGAAGACGCCGGGCCGAAGGUGAUCCUCGAAAUAGGCGCCGGGGCUGGCAACACCGCGUUCCCCAUCCUGGCUAAGAAUAAGAACCCGCAGUUGAAGCUUCAUGCCUGCGACUUCUCCAAAAAGGCGGUUGAGGUGAUGCGUAACCACGAGUCCUAUAACCCGGAGCUCAUGCAGGCCGACGUCUGGGACGUGGCUGGCGAGGAGUUGCCCCCCGGCCUUGAGGAGAACUCGGUGGACGUGGCCAUCAUGAUCUUCAUCUUCUCCGCCCUCUCUCCCAAACAGUGGAAGAAGGCUGUCGAGAAUGUGUAUCGCGUGCUCAAGCCCGGCGGCGAGGUAUGCUUCCGCGACUAUGGAAGAGGAGACCUCGCCCAGGUGCGGUUUAGGAAAGGCAGAUACCUCGAGGAGAACUUCUACAUUCGCGGCGACGGCACACGCGUCUACUUCUUUGAGAAGGAAGAGCUGGCUGAUAUCUGGACCGGUAAGAAGUUCGCUAAGGAGAAUGGCGACGCAGACGAAAAGGAAGGUGUGCCGUUUAGUUUCGAGAUUGAGAACUUGGCCGUCGACCAUCGCCUGCUCGUCAACCGCGCCAAGAAGCUCAAGAUGUACCGGUGCUGGAUACAGGGCAAGUUUAGAAAGCCAGCUACACAAAAUACACAAUAG